UUCAGUCUCGUUCGCGACCCGCAGCAAGACACACUCCUGCUACGCUCCGUCCGAAGAUAAAUCUGCGGACGAAUCAGCUGGUCUCAAGUCUACUCAGUGCGUUUUUCCGUUGUCGGAUAUCCAUGUGGUGGUGUUUUUGAUUAGGAUUUUCCCGCCGCACAUGGAGUUCGCCCCUCCUGCUACUGCUCCAUUGAAAAAGUUGAGGUGUGAUACGUGGAAGGGCCAAUGAUUUCCGCUAGCGUGGAGGGACGCAUACCCUACAUGACCUACCCGGAACCCUGGAGAGGUCCCACCAAACAGCAGCAGGAGCUGUUCUUGGUACCUGCACCAAAACCCCUAAACAACAGCCGGUACAAUGGAGUGACCACCUCCUCCCCCAACGGCACUCGAUUGGUUCCGCCGCUGGUUCAACCCUCCAGGCCUAUCAGCAAGUACCCGUCUCCAACUUCGCUACCAUCGAUACCUGUAAGCCCGGUCAACUUGACGCAAAAAGAUGACGCCUCAGACGACCUAUCUCAUUUCCACAGUCCGUACAGAAACAUGUACCCCAACCCGUACUUCUCCUACCCUUUGUACCCCCAGCAACCACAACCGUACUUGCUUAGCAGGGGCUAUAACUUGCAACCGACCCCGCUAUCGCCCAUGGAGAGUUUUUCUCCAAACAUACCGACUCCAAGCAGCACUUCCACCUUCUUAUCGCCGCCCAGCACCUUCAGCCCCCCCUCCUCCAUGAAACCCCAGCAACAAACCAUCCUCAGGGACAAGAGGACGCCACCGCACACGCCGACGUCCACAAUCCAAGGCCACGCGAUCCCUUUCAAGGUGCCUUCGGGGAAGGAAGGCUCCCUGAAGCACAGGAUUCUGAUUAGGCCGGAAGAUCAGAUCCGGAACGGGCCGUUGGAUUUGCAGAAGCCCCCGGAGGGGCGAAGGCGCUUGCAGGCCACCAUGUCACCUCCAAGAUCACCAAAGAAAACUCUCAACAACAACACAAUACCAGGUAGUUUUGCCAAAGGAUCUCUUAUACAGCUAGCGAGCGGUGAUUUGAAGAAAAUCGAAGACAUGCGGACGGAAGAUUUUAUCAUGUCGGCCGACAAUAAUCCCGAGUUGCGAUUGGCUGAGAGCACUGUGGUGAAGAUAGAAGAAAAUAGGUUGUCUGGUUCCGCCACCAUCACCUUGAGUUACAAUCAACGGCAGGCACAGGUGGAAGUAGAGUCCCCUUUGGAACAUCCGUACUUCGUGAUGGGCAGGGGAUGGGCUUCCUGCAACCCAGAAAGAAGCCAACAGUGCUAUGGCCUUAGCGUGCACGGGCUUCAAGUGGGCGACAUCCUCAUCUCCCUAACGCCCCGAGAAAAUCACCACCACCGACAACAACAACAACAAAGUCACCAACAACUAAGUCACCACAACAACAAAGCCGGCGGUGCCACCAUCAUGACGUCGGCGACGAACACGUCGAUGACGUCACGGAUGGUGACUACGACGCCAAACGAUCGGCUUUCCCCGGAUCGCAAACGGAGGUGGUCCGCUCCGGAUGAUAUGUGCGAAGAGGAGCAGCAGCAGCAGCAGCAGCUGCAGCUGAGGAGGCACAGAAUCGAUUGAGUUUCGUUUUGUAUUCGUGAAUAAUAAUUAUACGAACUUAAUAAUCAAUUUUCGAGAUAUGUUGCUAUAUAGAAUUGUUGCUUUUUUUAAAUUGAUAUUGUGGCGAUAAACAAGCGCCCAAAUGUUGAAAAUGUGGUGAAAUGAUGUCUUAAAAGAUCAUCUCGAUACUGAUGAAAUAAUUUGCACAACAAAUGAUGGUUGAAUCCUAUCACCACAUAAUUGUAUAUAGUCUCACAUUUUGACGCUUUCCGUAUGGCCGUAUAACACGCUGUACUCAAACCUUAGUGCAAUCAUCAAGUGUUAAAAAAGUAGUUGUAUAAGUUUUUUGUUUUUUUUAAUCAUGACAAUAUAGGGCAGGAUGCAAGAGUUAUGCAUAAAAAGAACUGGAGUAUUAAAUUUUGGUGAUAUAUUUGUUAACAAAAACAAUAAAUAUAGUUAAUGGUUUUGUUAUAUGUAUGUUGGUUGUAUUCUCAAAGGAUGGUUGGGAUUUGUUAAACCAAUAAAUUGGCCCAACAAAUUUUAACUAUGCUUUGUGCGCACGGCCAGUAGAGGAGCAUAGGUGGCUGGUGCCACCUUCGAUCUCAAAAUAAAAUAAAAGAUUCGUGUGAUAUAGGACUGCUUUUAAAUAUUGUUCACGAAGAUCUGUAUUUUAUUUACUUUUUAAUACACUUUCAUGUGGCAUAAGAAGUGGUCAUUUUUGUACUAAAUUAUUACUUAAAAUCUGCAUAAAUGUAGUAAUUAUUAGAACUGAUUUAGAUCUCAUUAAUAAAAAAAUAUAUAA